AACGGAUGGAGUAUAUUCUACCUUAUCUUGUUCGGUUAAUAUCUCGUACAAUUAAUUUGAAGUGGAUUUGAAGAUGAUUUAUUUCACACUUAUUAAAGUGUGGAAUUAUUUUCACUCAUUUCUCUCUCAUCCUUGUCUUUUUUUUUUAGCCGGAUAAGUCCUUAAAAGAUCCGAUCACUUAUAGGACUUUAAACCUUGUGUUUGACUCAUAAUAAAGGUAUAAUUGGUUGAUUAAGAGUCCAAGAUGGAGUACUUCUUGCUUGGAGAGGAGGUUACUGUCUAGCGGGUCCUACCAAACCUCCAAAUCUGAGUAGUUUUUUUAAGAAAAUAAUUUUUUUUUCCUGAUCAAAAAGAAAAAUCGCAAAUAAACCCAAAAUUAACCGCCGCCGCCGUCGAGGAACACCUCGCCUGCUCGGAAGCCAUGCUGGCGAGGCUGCGCGCGGCGUCGGACGCGGCGCGCGAGCUCGACGUCUGCGUGCGCCACGGCGACGACGACGACGACUACGUCGUCCUCCACGGCUGCGACCGCCGCCGCCAGCACUACGGCCACGGGCGCUCCUGCCUCCACGGCUGCUCCGGCGUCCGCGCCGCCGGCGGCCUGGUCCGCAUCGUCAGCGGCGCGCGGCACGUCCGCAGCGCGGUGGGCCGCUACCUCGCCGCCGCGGACGACGACGAGGAGCACGACGAGCUGUCCGUGGGCGACAAGGUCCUCAUCGCCGCCGACGUCGUGGUCGGCCUACGACGUGGUCGUCGGCGGCAUCGACGUCGUCGUCGGCGUCUGCGACCUCGCCGAGUACGCUCGCGGCGCUCUGGCCCGCCUCCGCCGGAUGUGCCCGGGCGUUGGCAUCCCAGUCAGGUUCAGGAUUGGAAAGAAGAAAGAAGAUUGCGGUCCCAAACGAAUCCGCAAGCCAGGGACAAAAGAGGUUCGAUUUGAAGACCUUUCUGAGGAUAUGCAAAACAUGAUAUUUUCAAAAUUGCCGCUGAAAGAGACUGUAAGGACUAGCGUUCUGUCAAGUAAAUGGAGACAUCUGUGGAAAAUUUCCCCAAAACUAAGAUUUGAUGGCAGCACAAUGCGUGGGGAAUACAUGUUGGAGAAACUCGUUGGCAAUGUUAAUGCGACCUUGAAACAGCAGCGUGGGCGGAUGGCUGAAGCUUUAGAGGUCAAACUUGAAUUUCAAAGCAGGCUAGUUGCUUUUACAGGCGAAAAAAGCAUUCUGGUUGAUCAUCUCAACAAUUGGGUCCAUCAUCUUGCACAACGAGCUUAGCUCUUGAUUUAGCACCAAAGGAAUUCAGGGAUCGCCAUGACCGCUACAUGUUUCCCUUUGAACUCUUGGAUGGAAAAGCCGCAUCUUGCUUGCAGCAAAUUCAACUAAGUUUUGUAUCUCUCAAGCCACCAACCCAAUUCAGUGGUUUCCCAAAGCUGAAAAAGCUUAGCCUGCACCUAGUACAGGUCAUCGCAAAGGAUCUUCAAGGCUUACUUUCAAGUUGUUCUAAUCUUGAGUGGUUGAGUAUUGUUAGAUGCAAUCUUAAUGAUGAUGAACUGAAGGUUGAUUGUGCACUGUCCCGACUGCUAUACUUGCGUAUUGCAAACUGUGAGAUAUCAAAGAUAGAAAUGUAUGCUCUCAAGCUCAAGACUUUCAUUUACGAAGGAGCACAGCUGCCUGUUGAUCCCAUCCAAGCACAGGAACUAGAAGUUGCAGAUAUCGUUUUCAAGGGUGAUAUAACUUUUCAGUAUGCUCUCACUGUGCUCCCUGUGGUGUUUCCAAGCGUGCAAAAUCUGACUGUGCAUGCUAAUUUUGGGCUACAGUUUCCUUGGUUAUUGUCAACUAAAUCAAAGUUUAUUCAACUUAAGUAUUUGAAGUUGCUAUUGCCUCAAUGUUCUGGAGAUAUGGACAACAUUGUCUAUCUAGCUUCUUUUCUGAAGGCUGCCCCUCUCCUUGAAGUUUUGGAGAUCCAUUUCAAUGUACCUGGCUACGAAGAUGCAGGGAUACCGGUUCUCAGGAGCCUCCCAAAGUGUCCAUACAAGAACCUGAAGAGCAUAUACAUCACAGGGUUCAGAGGCCUGAAAGGCCAAGCUGAAUUUCUUGUCCACGCAGUGGAAAAUGCCCCGGCUCUGGAGGUGCUAACCAUUGACACAGCAACGAAAAUAGGCGUCCGUUCUGCUCAACACAUCGAAAGCGCCGGUGGUUACGUUGCUAGAAGCUGCCUUGCAAGCAUUGUUUCACCCAAGACCAAGUUUCAGAUAGUUGAUACAGCUAGGUAGAGUAGAUACCGAGUACUAGUACUGUGUCAGGUACUACGUAUGCAGUUAUUGCCUGUUGUGUUUGUGAAUUUUUGAUACGUACUACGCUCUUUCGUCUGGGCCCCUGGGGUGCUUGCAUCACAUCUGAACAUGCGUACGCGAAGAUUGGCACACAGAUGGAUGCAGCAUGGGAAAUUUUGCGUGCUCGGUUUGCAUCUCUUGCAGGUCACGAACUCUUCUACUACUCCACUAUACGCUGUGCUAUUUGUUCCUUGUGCAA